UCUGCCAGUUGUCGAAGCGUAGUAAACGUGCAGCGCGCGAAGAGCAAUUCUUAUAUGUAACAUAUAGGAGAAUAAAAAUAAAAUUAAUAUAUAAGUGUAUAACACCGUAAGAACGGGGUAAACAACUUUGAAGACUAGUUACGUAUUUUUGGACUUCCAAUUGUGAAAAAUAAAUAUAAAUUGUGAAGUGUAAAAAAUAUAAAAAUAUAAACUCUGGUUGCAUGCAAAAUUGUUUUGUAUUGCAAGUGAUUGACUGAUUGACUCUUGUGGUUAGCGCGUGGUUUCAUAGUGAAGAAAUCCAAGUGCAAAAAUUCUGAAAAUAAAAUUUUAAAAAAAGUUAUAAACAUUUGGAAAAAAUUGGUAAAAAAAAAAAUUUCAAAAUAAUUUUGAAAAAAGUUUCGAAAAAAUUUUGGAAAACUAUUGGCUACUUGUUGUGCUUUUCGUACCAAAAAAUUAACUCUUAAACUAAAGUGUUAAACCAGAAACUAUCUACGACUACAAAAAGUAUUCUCUGUGGCAAGUGUUAACUUAAAACAUAAAAAAAUAUUAACUAAAGUUGAAAAGCUAAAAUUUACAACAUAUUAAAAAAGCUGUUUGACUAAUAUUAUAACUGCUUAUACGGAAGACCGCCAAAUAAAUAACAUAUCAAGAUGAAUCAAACAUGCAAAGUAUGUGGUGAACCAGCCGCCGGUUUCCAUUUUGGCGCUUUCACAUGCGAGGGCUGCAAGUCCUUCUUCGGUCGCUCGUACAACAAUCUCUCGUCCAUUAGCGAAUGCAAGAAUAACGGCAAAUGCGUGAUCGACAAGAAGAAUCGCACCACCUGCAAAGCUUGCCGUCUACGCAAAUGCUACACAGUUGGCAUGUCAAAGGGUGGCUCACGCUAUGGGCGCCGUUCCAACUGGUUCAAAAUCCAUUGUCUGCUGCAGGAACAGCAACAGCAAGCUUUAGAUGCCGCCAACAAGGCAGCCGCUGCUGCGGCCGGCGGUAAUGUCGGUGGUGCACCAAAUGCCGCUGGCGGUUUUGGUGAUAUGGCCAAUGCUGCAGCCGCUGCUGCUGCCGCUGCCGCCGCCAAACAACACAUGCAAGCAUUGAAUCCACACAUGGCUGCCGCCAGCGGUUUGCUCGGCUAUCCCGGUUACCAUUUGCCCGAUAUGAUGGCACAGGCUGCGCCUUUCAUGACCGCCGCAGCACGUCAUCCCGCUGCCGACGCCGCCGGUUCGUUGCCGUUCUUCAGCAUGAUGAAUACACUGCCGAAUAUGGGUGUGAAUGCACAGUCCGCAUUCCAGUUGCCACCACAUUUACUGUUCCCCGCCGCCGCCGCUGCCGCUGCCUAUCAUCCAAAUGCCGCCGCUGCUGCUGCCGCAGCCGCUGAUGCCGCUUACCGCAAUGAAAUGUACAAACAUCGUCAGUCCGUGGAUUCGGCUGCCUCAAGUGAAUCGGCACAACGUUAUUCGCCACAAAUUGCCGCCGGCGCUGCAGCUGCUGCAGAACAACAAAUGCGUGAAGAACAGGAAGCAGCGCGUCACUCACCGGAACUGUGCGUAUCGGGCGGUGAUGAGGAGGAUGAAGAUGAAUUGGAUGUGCAUUCGCCUUCACCAGCUACUGUACAACAAACACACCAACAACAAAUCUACCAACAAAUGCACGCACAACAACAACAGCAACACCAAAUACACAGUCCGAUCGCGAUACGCGCUUCCCCACAAACCACCGCACCGCUCAGCAGCUCACCCCUGUGCGUGCCCGUGCCCACCUCCGCGCUCACACCCAACUCCGUGAAUUCGCCCACACACCAACCCAGCUCACCGACACCCACAACCGAUGCCGCUGCACUCUCCUUCGCCGCCAAAAUGCAAUCACUCUCACCCGUCUCCGUCUGCUCCAUCGGCGCAGAGAACAUGAACACACAGCAACACUGCGCCAUGGACGCGCAGGACGGUCCUAUGGAUCUGAGCAUGAAGCCCAGCAGCUCCACAUCGCGUGCCUCGACGCGUCUCAGCGGCGAUUGUGACAUGAACUGCGAUCUGAGCGAAGAGGAGCAAGCCGUGUUGGAUACACGUCGCAAGUACUAUUACAACAGCGAUCACAGCGAGUCCGAUACCUCGUCGGAUGACAGCAGCGCCGCCAACAAGCGUCAGAAGAUGAUCGAUGAGGGCUACAAUUCGGCGGGCUAUGCAUCCUCGCAUGGUUCCACCGUGUCGACAGCGUCCGCGACCAGCAUGCACGGUAUCUUUGUGUGCGUCUAAGCUGCAAAACAUACAUAUAGUACAUACACACCUGCUUGGCGCCGGCGCUGCAUAGUGUUCGAAGGGAAAAGUGUCGCUGUGGGUGGAGCUCACUCACACGGUUGCUCACUCGCUUGCUCUCACCCGCCACCAAUAAAGCUGUCAUUUGUUGCUGUUGUUGUUUUCGAAGUGGUUUUUGUGAUCUUCGAUCAGCGUAACUGUUGUAUGGAAUGCAAAUCAGCACACGCUCACACGGCGCUCUGCUCUCCAUAGCUUCGAUCGAGUUUGUACGCCUACACAGGCACACACUCUUUGUUGGAGUAUGCGCGCUCACCUAACGGUCAUAGCUGCUUGUUGUAUUAGAUGAUUACACACAUAUGUAUCGUUUGCUAUCUCUCUCUCUCGCACACUCAUUUGCAAGCGCGCUGAGUAAGCUCUGUUACAAAUAUGUUGAAGUGAGAUGGCAAUAGCGCGUCAGCAAUUGGUGUGGAAAAGCGUUCAAUGCGCUCAGCAUACAUACACACACACACACUUGUGUCAAUUCGGAUCCAAAUAUUCAAAUGUAAUUGAUUUCAAUCGCAAUUUAGUCGCAUUUAGUCGCUUUUAAUUUAAUUAAUGCAAAUUUAUAAAUGAAGAUAUUCCAACUAGUUUUGUAAGUGUUUAGUUAAAUAACAAAGCAAUAGCGAAUUAAAUAAUUAUUAUUAUAUUGUUAAAAGAUUAGUUAAACAAAAAAUGAAUAUAUAAUUACACAAUCAAUUUUCUGUAAAUAAUUAGCUUUUUUAGUUUAAGAUUUUAGGUGUUCACCUAUUUAUUUACGAUGGCUAUCGGCUCUCAUAUUUUAUUUAUAAAAUGUAAAUAUUUAUAUUUUAAGUUAGUUUUUGUUGUUAUAAGCUACAAAAUAUUGCAAUUAAUGAAAAAAAGAAAACCAAAAUUUAUACAAAACAUGAAAAACUCUUAGUCUUUAUUGAAUUUUAGUCCCUCCCCACCUGCUAG